GAGAGUGAGAGAGAGAGUGAGAGAGAGAGAGAGAGGCAAAAGAGACAGCGGGCUUUGAGAGAACUAUUGACUUUUCUAAACACAACAUUUUCAGACUAUAGUCACAUAAGUACUGUAGAUCUCCAGCACUUACAUUCAGACAGAACAUAAUGACAAAAGUACACUUGACUUACCUUGAGAGACAGAGAAGACAUGAACAGAGUUAACAUGAGUGGUGUGCUCAUCUUCUUCACGGUCGCCAUCACUGCUGUGCAGGGACAAAAAUCAGUGUGUGAGAACUGCGUUGAGCUGGAUGCGGUUACCGGGGCUAUUGUUGGGGACCUGCUGGUGACAGGAGGGGUCAUCUUCAUUGUGUAUAGCUGGGCUCAGAAGAAGUCUGGACCUGCUGCACCCCAAAAACAGACGUACCGCUCAGCAGGCCGUGGACCACCAGUGGUGCCAAGUCCUGACUAUGAGCCCCUCAGCGUGGCAACCUGCAGCAGAGAUAUCUACGCUACCCACAGGACUGGGUAGACUAUCCUCUCACCAGACCACACCUGUUCUCUAGGACCCCUCUGAUGCCCUGGACCAGCAGGCCUCAGCUCACCCUGCCAUCAAAUAGGAGGGGAGAAGGCUUUGUAGUUCUUAGCAUAGACUUAAAGAGCUUCUUAUUUUAGCUUGAUGUGUAAAAAGUGUGAUAUCAUGAUUUAGUUAAAACUAUAGUUCAGAAUUACUGUAACUAGCGAUAAUAGUGAUCAACAUAGUGUUGCUCUGGAAAAUAGAGACAUAAAGGGAGGAAGAUCUUUGUAACGACUUUUAGAUGUUUGCUGUACUGAAAAACAACUUGUACAUAUCUGUGUAGAUCAACUGUUGUAAAAUGGUAUCAAUGCUUGCAGAUGCCAAGUUCUUCCUCCUCACAAUGUUAAUGCUGCCUGUAUAUACACUGAGUGUACAAAACAUCAUCCUAAUAUUGAGUUGAACGCCCUUUUGCACUUUGAACAGCCUCAAUUCUUUGGGUUACUGACUACAAGUUGUCGAAAGCGUUCCACAGGGAUGCUGGCCGAUGUAGACUCCAAGGCUUGCCACAGUAGUGUCAAGUUGGCUGGAUGUUCUGUGGGUGUUGGACCAUUCUUGAUACACACAGGACACUGUUGUCUUGCCCAUUCACCCUCUGAAUGGCACACAUGUCUCAAUCCAUGUCAAAGCUUAAAAAUCCUUCUUUAACCUGUCUCCCUUCAACUACACUGAUUGAAGUGGAUUUAACAAGUGAAGUCAAUUAGGGAUCACAGCAUUCACCUGGAUUCACCUGGUCAGUCUAUGACAUGGAAAGAGCAGGUGUUCUUAAUGUUUUGUGCAGCUAGAUUAUUAGCACAUAUACAGUGGGGCAAAAAAGUAUUUAGUCAGCCACCAAUUGUGCAAGUUCUCCCACUUAAAAAGAUGAGAGAGGCCUGUAAUUUUCAUCAUAGGUAUACUUCAACAAUUAGGUAUAGGUAUAGGUAUACUUCACAUUUGGUCACCUACAAACAAGCAAGAUUUCUGGCUCUCACAGACCUGUAACUUCUUCUUUAAGAGGCUCCUCUCUCCUCCACUCGUUACCUGUAUUAAUGGCACCUGUUUGAACUUGUUAUCAGUAUAAAGACACCUGUCCACAACCUCAAACAGUCACACUCCAAACUCCACUAUGGCCAAGACCAAAGAGCUGUCAAAGGACACCAGAAACAAAA